AUGUUUCCUGAGCUGCGGUUCUUUAGACAUGGUAACUACACUGUAUACAAGCAUCGUCUGCUGAGAUUACGGUAUCUCGAGGUUGGAGCACAAGUGGAAGCAGCAUACCUGAACCUUUACAAAACUAUAUACGAAAAGAGAUAUGAGAUUGUUAAUGGUAUAACUAAAGUUGGAGAGAAAGAUGAAGUUGCAAGGGACAAAGGAGAUGAAGCCACCAAAGAGAAAGGAAUCCCUCAAUUUUGGCUUACUGCAAUGAAGAAUCAUAAAUUACUUGCUCAGGAGAUCACAGAGCACGAUGAAGAGGCGCUCAAGUAUCUGAAAGAUAUCAAGUGGUAUAGGAUAUAUGGGGGAAGUUUCAGGCUGGAGUUUGUCUUUCAACAGCCUAAUCCUUAUUUUGAAAAUGAAGUCCUGACCAAAUCAUAUAAGCGGCCUCUGAUGGAGAAAACAACUGGGUGUGUCAUCAAAUGGCAUCAUGGUAAAGACUUGACACAUAAGUUUUUAGAGGGAAUGUCGAAGAAUUCCAAGCGCAUGACCAAAUCCUGUGAAAGCUUCUUUAACUUCUUCAACCCUCCUCAACUCUGUCUUCACGAGAAACAUAUUGAUUAUAAUGAUGGAUAUCUAAAUGAAGAAGUCAAAAGUAAACUGAAUUAUGAUUUUUACAUCGGUAAAAUAAUCCGCGACAAAAUCAUUCCUCAUGCUAUUUCAUGGUUCACACGGGAGGCUCUUGAACCCGGAGGUGAGUUUGAAGAUUUGCAAGAUGAUUGGUAUGAUUACUCAGAUGAUGAUGAGGACGCGGAGGCCAUCAAGAAUUUGUGA